AUGCCCGGUCCGAAGAAGGCCAAGAAGGAUGCAAGAGAGACUGGCGGCGUGGUCGCUGCGGUGACCAAACACGCCACCGGUAAAUUCACAAACGGAAACGGCCAAGGCUUCGCCUCGGACACGUCCAACUCUUCCGGCCCUUCGCCCGACCUGCAGGCUGUCGCCUCUUCUUCGUCCAAUGGCAGCUCCUCGGUCUCGCCCAUGCUGGAGGCCGUGUCGUCACCGGCCGUCGUGCCGACCUUCAACCCGGCGCCCAGAGCCAUUCCCGCCAGGGUCGACUGGCAGACGCGUGCCAACGGCGGUUCCAUUCAGCCUAGCAUCGCUGGCUCGCCCGGAAACCUGAUCAGUUUGAUGGGAGACUCGCCACCGAGCCGCUGGUCCUCCCCUCGGCCCUACGGCACGAGUCACACGAGUCACACGAGCCAGACGAGCCACAUGAGCCAUAUGAGCCAUUUGAGCCAUGCCAGCUAUGUCAGCCAGGCUACCCAUCCGACCAGCGUCUCGGUGUCGCCGCCAAGCGGCGGGAUGGACAUUGCGGGCAGGCCUGGCCGACGUCCCCUCAGCUACCACAUGGAUACCCGUCGCAGCUCGCUGCACUCGCAUCUCGCCCAGUCCCGGGCUACGGCCACGUUGGCUGCAGCGUCGGCCGGGCUCUCAUCCAACCCGCCCCUUCCUCACCAGCCACAGGCUCAUUUCUACGGCGUCCCCGACAUCGAUCUGGACCUGCAGCCGCACCAGGCCGGCAUCAAGCCUGGCCAGCGCGGUUACCAUUUCUCGUUUGACAGCCUGCCGUCAGCGUACCCUGGACGGCAGGCCUCCCUCGGCACCGGCACCGUCGUCACAGCCGGCUUCGAGGGCGGGCUCAGAGUCAGCCUGGUAUCCAAGCGAGGUCUGGAGCCGCUGGCCACACUUUCCGGCCUGCGCGGUGGUGUCUACGGCGCCAAGAUUCUGCCUUGGAUGGCUCCGGGCACGGCAGCCGAAGACCUGUUCCCGCUUGUUGCCGUCGUGGUGCAUGGACCGGUGCUGCCGGAGGCUCUGUACCCCGAAGGCGAAGGCGACGGCGACAGCGGCGUCGGGGUCGGGCUGACGGAUGGGGGGGCCGGAGCUGUUGCUGCUUCUGCUUCUGCUGCUGACGGCAUCGAGACAGACGCGCGGGUCGACUCUGAGAAGCGACGGUGUAUCGAGUACUACCAGACGUCGGUCGAGGUGUAUUCGCUGAGGCACAGCCAGUGGAUCUGCACGUUGCUCGAGGCACCCAAGAUACCGCUGGCGAUCCCGGUGACGAGUCCCGUGUUUCAGCCGCCGCCGCCGACGGGAGCCUUUCAGAUCAAGGCCGACGGCGGGACAGUUGCGGUGUCGUCGGCGACGACGGGCGAGUGCUGGGUGUUCCGGCAGAUGGCGGCAGGUAGCGAGGACGUGCUGCCGUUCUGCUGCGUGGCUAAGCUGUGGACAACGCUGCAGCAGUCGCCCAGAGGCUCCAAGGGUAGCAGCGAGGCUACUCCUGAGACCGAGCGCGUCCGAGCCGCAUCCUCGGCUGCGUCUAGCCAGACGCCAUCGCGACACAGUCCCAAGCAGGCAGUGCUGUCGCUAAGUGGCCGCUGGCUGGCCUACUGUCCGGCCAACCCGUCGUCACAGAUUGCGUUGCGGGCGGUGGUGCCGGUGGCUCUACACGGACGAGCACCCGGGAUCACGUCUCUCACUCCGCCGCAGCUGCCUCCGACGACGGCCGAGGUGGACCUGCCACAGUCAGAGAGCGUGAUGAACAAGAUCAUGCGCGAUGCCACGCAGGAGAUCAUCUCGGGGGCGAAAUGGGUGGGCCAGCAGGGCUGGCAGGCCUUUAACAACUACUGGAAGGGCACGCCGGGACUCUCGACAGCGCAGUCCGCCCGGAGCGACGCGGCCCAGUUCCCGCCGACACACGGCGCGGUGACGCAGUCGGCCGUCUCGAAAGAGCCCGGGCUUGUGUCGGUGGUGGACGUGACGGCUCUCGGGGGCUCUGCCACGGUGCAUCCGCUGGCGACGUUUUCGCCGCCGCUCGGCUGCAGUUUCCUAUCGUUUUCACCGUCAGGCCUGUGGCUGUUCACGGCCAGCACCAAGGGCGACGUGCAGACGGUGUGGGACCUGAUGCGCGUGCAGCACACCAAGGCAUCGCCACUGCAGGUGUUGGGCGGUCCGGGAGGGCCGGGCACGCUGACGGGAUCGCGGGUGCGACAGAUUGCGCAGUUUUCGCGCAUGACAGUGGCACGUAUCGUCGACGUGGCCUGGACGAAGCCGAACGGCGAGCGGCUGGCCAUGGUGACGGAGCGCGGUACUGUGCACAUCCUGGACCUGCCGUCGAGCGCGUUUACGUGGCCGCCUCCACGGCGCCGGACCAACAGCACGGCGCCGGACACGAGCACGACGACGGGCAACAACAGCGGCAUCAGCGGCAUCGGCAGUAUCGGCAGCAUGGGUGGCGGCAACGCUGGCUCCGGGGGGGCCGACACGAGCACAGGAAGACCUGCGUCGAUGGUGGCGGUAUCAUAUGCAUCCAGCGCGCUGAGCACGGCCUUUGACGCGGCACGACCACUGCUGGCACGACCCCGGCGAAGCAGCGCGAACGUGCCACAGUCGACGGGAGCGACGAUUGUCGACCAUGCCAGCCACGGCGGCAAGAUGCUUGCGGCGGGCAUAAGCCACUCGCUAGGAAAGACGGGCAACGCGAUCAACCAGCUGCGACACAAUGGCGAAAACCGGGUGUCGCUGCCGGCCGGUUCGUUUGCUCCGGGACCGGCAUGCGUGGUGUGGCUGACGGGAAAGCGGUCGCACGCGCUGUUCGUGCUGGGCGACGGGCUGGUGCGCAGUUUUGCCAGCCGCAGUCGCCGCAAGACGUCAGGACAGCGGACGCUGCAUCUCAGUCUGAACAAGGACUUCCGGCUGCCUUUCCUGCCGGACGACAUGCUCGCGGCAGCCAUCAAGCGUCUCCUGGAGCCGGACGAGUACCUGGACUUUGAGCACGGCGACGGCGAGGCCGGCAGCAACACGAUGGUGCUGCUGGACAGCCGACAGCGCCUGACAAUGCUGGAGUCGUCCAUUCCACAGGCCGAGAUCGAGUCGAGCGCCCCGUACCAGCCCUUCCACACGGACCGACGGGUGGCACUGUACGAGUUUGAGGACGGAGCCCACGUUCAUGCAGCAGCAGCAGCAGCAGCAGCAGCAGCAGUAGUAGUGCCCGUGUCUCGAUCGGCCACGCCGGUGAGCGUGACGGAACCGACCGAAGCGGGUGUUGUGGACGAGGACGGGUCUGUGUCGCAGUCGCAGCCGUCGACGAGGAAAAAGCCGAAGAAGACGGCCCGGAUUGCCGCAGCCAUAGAGGCCUUCCGAGCCCAAGAGGCAGCGGUGUCGCCGACUGUGCCGACGGCCUGGGCGUUUGGACAGCCGAUUGCGUCGACGCUCGUGGACACGGGCUAUGCCGGUCUGGCCGAGGAGAGCUUGUUUAGCAUCGGGUUCGAGGAGACGCGGGCACUGCCGGCAUCGGCCAUGGAGCGGGUGCUGCAGCACGACGGCGAGAACGAGCAGAUUGUGGUGACGACGCGGCGACGACGCGGUGGCGGUCGUCUGGCGGCCGACGACGGCGACGAUGACGGCUUCUUCGAGGACGACUGCGAGGUGCUCGACUUUGCCGACCAGCGGGUGUGA